AUGAAUUUCUCAACAGUUAACAAUUUCACGGCAAUUUUCCUUUGCAUUUUGCUCUCCUCACUGUCAAAUCCAGUUCGUUCGCUGUGCAAAAAACCACCAAUCAUAUUCAAUUUCGGCGAUUCCAACUCGGACACUGGCGGACUCGUUGGCGGACUCGGUAUACCCAUUAAAUUUCCGAAUGGACGCGCUUUCUUCGGCAGAUCAUCGGGUCGACUGUGUGACGGCCGUCUCAUUAUUGAUUUUCUCUGUCAAAGCAUAAACACGAGUUUUCUGAACGCAUAUUUGGACUCGUUAGGGUCCACUUUCUCAAAUGGGGCAAACUUUGCCGUCGCGGGUUCUGCUACACUGCCUAAAUAUGUAGCUUUUUCAUUGAACAUUCAGGUGUUGCAGUUUCUUCAUUUCAAGACUCGAUCAGCUGAACUUGUCGCUGCAGGGUUCAGGCUUUCGAUUGGUGAUGCAAGCUUCAAUGAUGCUCUUUACAUGAUUGAUAUUGGACAAAAUGACCUCGCUGAUUCAUUUGCUAAGAAUCUAUCGUACGUACAAGUGGUCAAGAAGAUUCCCAUCAUAUUGCAAGAAAUCAAGAUUGCUAUUAAGGAAUUAUAUAAUCAAGGAGGCAAGAAGUUCUGGGUCCAUAAUACUGGGCCAUUUGGUUGUCUCCCUAAAAAACUUGCCCUAGUAAAACAUACUUCAGAGGAUCUCGAUCCAUUUGGGUGUAUUUCAAGCUAUAAUAUUAUUGCAAAAUUGUUCAAUGGAGGCCUGGGCCAGUUAUGCCAAGAAUUAAGAUCUGAAUUAAAGGAUGCAACUAUCGUAUAUGUUGAUAUCUAUGCCAUCAAAUAUGAUCUCAUAGCCAACUCCAGCAAGUACGGUUUUUCAAAUCCAUUGAUGGCAUGUUGUGGUUCGGGGGGACCUCCAUACAACUACGACUCUAGCAUCUCAUGUGAUCGACCAGAAGCUUGCAACUACUUUGCUUGGGUGGACCUACCUCCUUAUCCACGGUACAAGACUGUAAUUUAUGAGCUAAUUCGCAAGGCGAACAACAAUCAGCAGCAAGAACUGAAGAUGCGCAAAAUGCUCAAUGUACAUCAAAUUGGAUUUUGGGUCCUGAUGAUUUGCCUUGAUGCUGGGUUCCUGGGAAGUUUCAUUGAGAUUGGGACUGUCAAAAGCAAGAAUUCAAAUUCGAAAAAGAAAUUUGCGGAAGUUGGAGAUUAUGGGAAGAGGAUACGAGCUUCGUUUUGGGAGACCUUGAAGUCAUAUGGCAGUGAACCACCAGAGAACUGGUCGCCUCCUCCACCUACAUCUGGAAAUGGGCUUUCAGUGCAUACACCACCUGACCUCCUUUUGCCCCUGGCGUCAAUCUUAUUCGGGCAUCAGGUAAUGGGGGCAAUGGUGGCAGUGGAAAAUUGA